GGCAGAUUUUCCUGGUGUGAGAUGUGUUGUGUGCGUGUCCGGAGUGAAUGCACAGCAGAGAUUGAUCGGAGCGCUGAGACGAGGAACUAGCUGCGGGAUACUGCCAAUACCAAUCCAAAGCGAAUUCUUAAUAAAACAACAACAUAAACAAACUAUCGCCCACGCGGGUGACCGCUGCUAAUUGGACUUUUCGCACCAGUUUUGUUUUUGUCGGUUGCUUCGCUCCUGUAGUAAACUCUUUUCCUCCUUUACGCGUUGGGUUUUUGAUGCGGUUGCUCGUCAGAGGCAUCGGAAGCGCAGCGGACGGGAGGAGACCGGAGGCCCCAUUUCCCGGCAUCGCCGCCGGUCCACCUCUGCUUCUCCCGUGGAGUAUUUGAGCCCCUCACUACCGCAACCUGGAUGGAUGGGUAUGGGGAAAGCAGGAUUUUACUACCCCGGGGCUGACCGCCUCCUCCAUCCACCGCCACUUCUAUCUCUCAUUGUAUUGAUCACUUUCUCAUCCAGGGUCCAAAUAGGGCUGUCCCAGACCCCACAGUGCCACAUACAGAAGUGCACCAUGGACUUUGUGUCUCUGACAUCCCACCUGAGCCCGGCGCUGGAUGACUUCGACACAGAGUUCUGCAAGGCUCUGCGGGCCUACUCCGCCUGCACGCAGCGCACUGCCAAGAGCUGCCGCGGCAACCUGGUCUUCCACUCUGCCGUGCUGGGCAUCAGCGACCUCAUGACCCAGCGCAACUGCUCCAAGGAUGGGCCUACGUCCUCCACCCAGCCGGAGGCCACCGUGGAGCCCUGCAACUACCACAACCGCCACCACAGUCCCAAGCCUGGGGGAGAGAACACACGGCCCACCUACCUCUUCUGCGGCCUGUUCGGGGACCCCCACCUCAGGACGUUCAAGGACCACUUUCAGACCUGCAAGGUGGAGGGGGCGUGGCCCCUUAUCGACAACAACUACCUGUCCGUGCAGGUGACCAAUGUUCCCGUGGUGCCCGGCUCCAGCGCCACGGCAACCAACAAGAUCACGAUCAUCUUCAAGCCGUACCAGGACUGCACGGAUCAGAAGGUGUACCAGGCGGUGACGGACGACCUCCCGGCCGCGUUCGUGGAUGGCUCGGUGAGCGGGGGGGAGGGCGACGUGCGCAGCCUGUGGGUGGUGGAGAAGGGCGCGGGCCGGCACGUGGAGAUCCAGGCCGGCUACAUGGGCGUGACGGUCAUCGUGCGUCAGCAGGGCCGGUACCUGACGCUGGCGGUGCGAAUGCCCGAGGAGCUGGCCCAGGCCUACGAUGAGACGCAGGACCUGCAGCUGUGUGUGAACGGCUGCCCCACGGCCGAACGCAUCGACCAGGACGGGCUCCUGCCCCUGCCCCCGCCGGCCCUGGGGCUGCAGCACCAGCAGAGCCACCCCCCCAGGGCCCCCCCGCGAGGAGGCUUCACCCGCCAGAGCGCCAUGGCCCGGUGCCAGGAGCAGCUGCAGGUGAAGGACAUCUACUUCCACUCCUGCGUCUUCGACCUGCUCACCACCGGAGACGUCAACUUCACCUCCGCCGCCUACCACGCCCUCAAAGACAUGGAGACACUCCACCCCAAGAGGGAACGCUGGCACAUCUUUCCCCGGGCAAACUCCUGCCCCUCCCCUGCACCCUUUGUCCACCACCUGCUCCUCCUCAUCCUCAUCACCGCCAUGCUUUUGUAGGACCUUUGUGUAUGAAACUUGAGAAGAUUAUAUAUAUAUUGUCAUAAUAUAUUGAAGAAGGAAGGUGACAAACAAACAAGAUAAGAUAUAUAUGUAUAUACUGUGUAUAUGAAGGGUGGCUCGAGUCUGAAGAAAAGACACAUUCCUGACUGUAAAUAUGAUGUACAUUUCAUUUCCAGGAAGGCUGGAUGCAGUUUUUUUUUUGGUGACUUUUUGUGGUUCUUGUAUACCUCAAAAUUGAGGAUGUUGUUUAAACAAAGCACUUUAAUUUGUUUUAUUAUACCUUUUUUUUUUUUUUUUUUGCAAAUACGAAGCAGUGUUCCCUUGGACCCAAAAUAAGUCUGCUCAGAUCUUUCUCUUUGCUGGGCUUUCCUCUUUCUAACUCUAGUGCUUUGAAGUUUUUCAGUGGAUUUGUAUAUAGAUGUUGCCACCCUUAAGCGAACAGUCCGAGACGGUGCAGGACCGAGACGGCUUGUUGACACUAUCUGCACGUCGACUCAUUCACGUUCGCCAUAUCUCUUUAGGAUAUUUUACAUCUGUUGUAUUUAUUAGCCUCAGUGUGUUAAUAAUGCAGUUGAACAUAGCUUUCGAGUCUUUAAGUUAGAGUACCAGUAUACUCUUUAGAAUAUGUAGUAAAACAACCGAAAGAUCCACAGCCUGGAACUAGUGUGCCACACUCCCAAAUUAUAGGAGUCAUAAUUAUACUGUACAUAUGAGUGAUUGUUAAAUAGCAUUCUGGGGAAGCCAUCUUAUGAUUCGAAGACAGUUAAUCAGUCUCAAAACAAAAUUGAAUCAUCACAACUUUCAGUGCUCAAAGUAUAGCAUCUUUCCUUUGAGAAGAAACUAAAGCAUUUAUAAUUUAGGGAACAAAGGCAGAAUUUAUUGAAGAACUGAGAGCAAGUUGAUGUGUAAUGAAUUUUUACUUUAUAGAAAAUUGUUGGAUUGAAGUGGAGAGACAUACUGUUGAUGUGCUAACACUUUUAACACCUGCCUUAGCUUUUUUAUUCUUACCUGUGGAUGUCUUGCCAAAACCCUCCAGUUCUAUCAAUACAUCCGACAGGUCUUUUCCGCAGGAGUCGGGAAGAAUGACAGGCAAUGUGUGAAUGACCCGUUUUGUGCUUCUCAGUUUUCUCAACUUUGAUGGGUAUGUGUGGCUCAGGAGUUAUGGUUUUGGGUGAACUCUCAAAAUAGGAGUUCAUCUUAAUUUAUCAAGGGAACAGACUGACUCUGACAAUGUAUGUUGGACUAGGGAAGUCUGGGGGGGAUGACGUCUAUGGUACGUAUUUUAUACAGCUGCAUUUAUCCUUGGGUGUAGCUGGCGUGAUGGUAUCUUGCUCAUGUUCUGUACAUCCAGUGCAGCUCUGACCAGUAUACAGUACAGCGGGUACUUGUAAUCCAGUUGACAAAAACUUGCAUAGAAUUUCAGACCAAAUGAACGGUCCUGUCCGAGUGGACUAUGUGAAGCCCUUUCUUCUAUUUGCCCAGAGAGGCAAACGGAACCAGACAAUCCUCCUCAGAACGCUCCCAAAGGUUCUGUCUGUCCCUGGUGUGGUUGGGUUCUCCAGCAAUUUGGAAUGGAACUUUUAGACAUUCUUCAAUAACAAGCAGAACAUUAACCCUGCAGAGAGGGUUCUGCACUUUCCAGUUGCUUUAUUCCAGCGCUUUCUCUUUUGUCAGCCAUGUUUGUUUCCAUUUGUAUUCUCAGUCUGUGAUGUUGUUUACAGCCAAAGCCAUUCUCAUCUUCCAAUGUCAUUUACAAAGAAACAUCAUGAGCACCUUUACACCUGUAAAACCCCCAUCUGUGUUGCUGUAGUACCCACAUCAUUGAAAGCACAAUGAAGAUGUGUCUGCAUGUAAAAGGGCAGUUUAUAGUUCCGCGAUGUAUGAUCGUUGCCCCCAGCGAUUAUCACAUUUGAUGGUCGGUCGUAACGACUUUUACUUGAUACUCGAUCAACGGACAAAAAGUUGUUAUUAUCAUCGUUGUGCCCAUCGCUGAGACAUAAAUUGUGAACUUUGAUCCCAUCGCUGGCUUAUUUGUCAUGACAACCUUAUUAUGGAACGUUCUCAUCUGUAAAUAUCUUUACGAAGUGUCACCAACUAGCUAUCGCCUAUUUAUAAACUGGCCUGUAUACGCCUGAGCGCACACCACGUAUUGCUGGUUGAGCGUUAAUCGCGGGCACUGGUUGUUUCAUUUAGCGCGCGUUUGAUUGGGAGUCCGUUUGAAGGAAGGCGAUGUGUGGGACAGCCGUGAUCCCGGAGAAAUCGCACAUGAAAGGUUUGCGUCAGGGCUCAAUUCAUCAUCCCACACCACAGCGCACCCCGCGCUACAGUCCGGCAGAAAAUUGAAUUUAAUUUCAACCCCCGGCUGACAUUGAAACCCAUUUGCCUCGGGCAGGUAGAAGGUGAAAUCCUAUGAAAUUGCAUUUCGGGGAAAUUGUUCAUCGGUCCAGUUCUCUUGUAAAAGCACUCCAGGUCACGAGGCUUCACAUGUGGCUUUGUACGCCGUUCUUUCUGUUAUGAACAGAGCAGCAUUUAACACUACCCGCUAACUCUGUCAACCUUUGAAUCUUGCUACUGUAGAUUAAUUCUAAUUCUUUGCAACUACUGCAAUUGCCGACGAGCUGCUACCAUACUGUGACGAGUUUCGAGUUUUAUAGUCUGUAGACGGAACACUGGGAGUUUUCUUCUUUUUUUCCUUUUUUCUUUCUUUCUCACAGGCAGUGGUUUGCAGAAGCAUCGAUAUCCCGUAUAUCCCACAAUGCAUCAUUGAGUGACAUAUCUAUGACCAGAACAAGACCUCCGAGUGCAAUUAAUGCAAAAGAAGCCUUCAUCCUGUGUUUUGCCAUGUCAGCAUUUUACUUUGUGAUCUCUUUUGUCGUGUAUGAAUAACCGUUAUCUGUUUCGUGAAGAGUGACUGCUCAAUGUUGAAAUACUUAAAUUAUUUAUAAAUGUAGUGUCCUGUUAGAGGAUAUUAAGCUCCAUAUUCUUGCUGUUGGAAAAAAAAAUUCAGAUGUGAUUGUACUGCCACCUAGUGGACACCAGUUGUUACGUCAGUGUUUUACUAUUUUACUGGAUGCGGUAAAAACAUGGAAAAAAAUGUGUGCAAGUGCUUUAUUUAAAAACAUAAUAAAUGAAAAGAAAAACA